AACUCGAGAAAACGAUUGGGAAUGCCCAAAAUGUGGAAAUGUCAAUUUCGCUUUUAGAACAGUUUGUAACAUGAGGAAAUGCAGUACACCUAAGCCAACAUAUCAGGCUGCAAAACCGGCCAAGAGUUCCAAAACCGACAUGCCUGAGGGAAGCUGGAAGUGUGACAAAUGUAACAACAUAAACUACCCUUUUAGGACCAAAUGUAACAGACAGAAUUGCGGUGCAGACAAACCAUCAGAAUCCCAGAAUCCACCUUCAGAAGAAGAAAACAAUAAGCAGGUCCGUUUUGUCAAAUAUCCAAUCCAAUUGUUCUUCUUUUGCUUUAGAAUGUUUUAUUGUUGCCUACUUGGAGCUUCCAUGUAUGUAAAUAUAAAAAUUGUUUCUUACUGGUUACUUACCAUCCAUUACCAGUUAUAUUUCUCAUUAGUUUAGCUUCAGGUAUGAUUUCGUUAUAAAAAUAAACAAAAAAAGUAAAUAAA